CUCUUGGGAACGACGCGGGCCUUUCCGGUUGCUCCCCGGGUAGAAGACGCGAACUCUGAGUUCCGGGGAGGCCCCCACUGUUCACUCGAGCAGAGACUGGGUGGUGUCUGCACCGGCUGUGCAAGUUGCUAUGGGCAACCAGCUAGCACGUCUGGCGGGAUGUUCCGGUGAUAGAACCGAAGCAUCCUAGGCCCCGAGUCCCUGCAGUGACUGGUGAAGGCUCCCGCUCUCCACACCCCUUUGCCAGACAUGCAUUGUCCUUAGAAAAACUUAAAUGGAAAAACAGCAGCUGGGGAUUUCUCCUUUAUAAAGAAGCCCUUGUGGUGGAGCACAUCUGCUUGAUGUGAAGGAUGAACAUGCCACGUGGGGUCUCGAUAUGAAUGGGAAAAGGCUCGUCACCAUGAGUCUGGCAUCUCAUUGGCCAUUUUAGAUCUUCCCCAGUGUUUUAUGACUGACAAGAUGCAGGUGCUCCGGCACUCGGAACACACGCUGAAAACAGCUCUCAUCUCGAAGAACCCAACCCUGGUGUCGCAGUACGAGAAGUUAGACGCCGGGGAACAACGGCUGAUGAAUGAGGCCUUCCAGCCGCGCAGCAAUCUGUUCGAGCCCAUCACUGUGCACUCGCAGUCAGACUGGAUCUCCUCCCACCCCGAGGCUCCCCAAGACUUCGAACAGUUUUUCUCUGACCGCUACAGAAAGGCACCCUGUCCAAAGAAACACAUUAUCUACAUUCAGUCCAUCGGCUCUCUAGGCAACACCAGAGUUAUCAGUGAAGAAUAUAUUAAAUGGCUCAAGGGCUACUGCGAAGCAUUUUUCUAUGGUUUGAAGGUGAAGUUCUUAGAACCCGUUUCAGUCUCUGCAACCAAGUGUUCUUUUAGAGUGAAUGAGCACACACAAAACCUGCAAAUCCACACAGGGCAUAUCCUGGCAUUCCUGAAAAAGAAUAAACCGGAAGAUGCCUUCUGCGUUGUGGGGAUAACAAUGAUCGAUCUCUACCCUCGGGACUCGUGGAACUUUGUCUUUGGACAGGCCUCCUUGUCUAGUGGCGUGGGCAUAUUCAGCUUUGCCAGGUAUGGCAAGGACUUCUACACCUCCAAAUAUGAAGGCAGUCUGAAGACUCCGCAGCUGACGUCUUCCAGUGACUACUCCAUUUUUGAUAACUAUUAUAUCCCCGAAAUCACUAGUGUUUUGCUGUUGCGAUCUUGUAAGACUUUAACCCAUGAGAUUGGACACAUACUUGGACUGCGACACUGCCAGUGGCUCGCAUGCUUAAUGCAAGGCUCCAAUCACUUGGAGGAGUCUGACCGGCGCCCUCUAAAUGUUUGCCCUAUCUGCUUACGCAAGCUGCAGAGUGCUAUUGGCUUCAACAUUGUGGAGAGAUACAAAGCACUGGUGAAGUGGAUUGACGAUGAAUCUUGUGACGAAUCAGAAGCAACUCCGAAAAGUAGUUCUGAGCAUGUGCAUUUGCCGAAACCUGUGGAAGCCUUUAAGGAUUGGAGAGAAUGGAUAAUCAGAUGCAUUGCUGUUCUUGAAAAAUAAGGACUUUGAGACAGGAGUAACUGAAAUAAAUACUGGCACACUAGGUGUUUGUGGGUAGAGUUCUUCAUUGGGAUAAGCUGUCUGCCCAGUCUGUGCUGAGGCCAGGUGACAGACGAGAACUUGUCUGAGGCCCCUGGACAGGAACGAGGUUCACUAAGAACAACAAAACCCUCUCUGCCUUUCUCUCCAUAUUACUAGCUGGUCUGUGGCAGUAACCCAGUCAUUCCCACCCUUCAAAUAGGAUUAGGUGAAGCUAGGUGGUAAACAAAGAAAUACUUUAAAAACCACUCUCUGUGGCCCUGGGAAUGAAUCCGCGCUUUUCCAGGUUGCUUUUGCUCUGAGAAGGAGAUGCUGCCCCUUGUGAGGGCUUUGACCUUGCACAGGCUGGCAUCCUUCUGACCCAUGGGUCCCUUCAUUCUUUCUGGCCAUUCUGAGUCCGGCUGUGCAGGAAGCAGCAGCUUGUAUCAGUUCUCAGCAGUGAGAACUGCACUGGUCCUUUCCCACAGCAGCUGGGGGGGAGGGGGGUGGGGAGGAAAGGGUGGGUGAGUGGGGAUUAGAGUGCCAUUCCCAGCUGUAAGUGAUGGCUGUGUCUGAGGCCUUUACGGAGGGCUCUAAUGGUGCUUAUAUAUCUAUGUGGGUUGCACUGAUUCUGUAGGGCUAGGUGGAACUGAAGUUUGUUCUUAAAAUGUUUGUCUACUUUGUUGUACUGUGAUAUGUUUGAAUAAGGAAGGGAGUGAAUGGAUUGCUUACCUGUCAGGAUGCCAAGAACACCUGUGUGGUCCAUCAACCUGGACAUCCUUGAGUUGUGGUAAGCAGGUUGACAACCUCAGGCUCAGCCAAUCUGUAAGGUCAAUGCAUCUUGGAAAACAUAACGGAACAUUAUUUGUGUCAGUGGUCUGGUAGCAUAUUCCUUAUUUGUAGUACUGUUUUGUUUUGUUUGUUGUUGUUGUUGUUCUUUGAGAUAGGGUCUCUUUAAGUAGCCCUGGCUGGCCUUGAAUGCAUAGAGAUCCCUGCUUCUGCCUCACAUUGGCUGGGACUGCGCCACCGUACGCGGUGGUCCUGGGGUUUGGCCAGGGCCUGUGUAAGCUUAGCACUCUACAUCUGAGCAACAGCUCUGGCCCCCAGAUUCCCACUUUCCUAUUUUAUCUUUAAGGUAAGACUUCCCCUCUCUUUCAUUUUUUAUUUUAAUGCUGGGGCAGGGUGGGGAGGUCGGGGUGAGGGUGAAGGGCAACCUGAGGUAUCACUCCUCAGCAAUGAGGUGUCCAAUGAACCUCAGGGACCCCCUGCCUGCUUUCCUCACCCCACCGGUGCCGCGGGGCCUGGGUAUCACACGUGGGCCUCCGCUUACAUGCAAGCCCUUUACUGCCUGAGCUGUUUCCAGCUCUCUUUUUCCAUUUGAAAUCUAAGUGAAAUCAUUGUUGUGACUUACACAGUGUAAUUAAAAGCAUGUUGACAACUGAA